AACGCGCAGCGAGAGGAUUUUUUUUCCCUUGUUCUCGGGCAUGGUGUUUGUGUCUACGGGAUAAACCGUGAACGAAUACACAUAUGUUUUUUGAAUUCGGUUAUCUAAUGGAAAUUAGUUGACUAAUGCGUUGUUUAAGUACAUAUCACCACAUCUUCAACAAUUCAUUACCCUCCCUCAAUUUUUGAGGUUAGCAAAACUGCCCACGGUUAGCUAGCAAGUUGGCUAACGACAGACGAUUAAAGCUAAACUAGAUGAGGUGACUCAACUGAGUGCCCAAUUAACAAAUUCUUACAUCUUAAAUAUAUUGUGAUUAUAAAAAACAACAUAAAGUGUGGAAUAAUAUGGCAGAAACUGAUAAGUUGAACAUUGACUCCAUUAUACAGCGUCUGCUCGAAGUGAAAGGUUCCAGACCAGGAAAAAAUGUUCAGUUGACAGAAAAUGAGAUCCGUGGCCUCUGCCUAAAGUCCCGAGAGAUCUUCCUUAGUCAACCCAUUCUGCUUGAACUUGAGGCUCCCCUCAAGAUUUGUGGUGAUGUCCAUGGUCAGUACUAUGAUCUGUUGAGGCUCUUUGAGUAUGGAGGCUUCCCUCCAGAGAGUAACUACCUGUUCCUCGGGGACUAUGUCGACAGAGGCAAGCAGUCCCUGGAGACCAUCUGCCUUUUAUUGGCGUACAAGAUCAAAUACCCAGAAAACUUUUUUCUCUUGCGAGGAAACCAUGAGUGUGCUUCUAUAAACAGAAUAUAUGGCUUCUAUGAUGAGUGUAAGAGGCGAUACAACAUAAAAUUGUGGAAGACCUUCACUGACUGUUUCAACUGUUUGCCGGUUGCAGCCAUAGUUGAUGAGAAGAUCUUCUGUUGCCAUGGAGGCUUAUCGCCAGACCUGCAGUCUAUGGAGCAAGUACGAAGGGUCAUGCGUCCCACUGACGUGCCCGAUCAGGGACUCCUUUGCGACCUGCUGUGGGCCGACCCAGACAAGGAUGUGCUGGGCUGGGGUGAAAAUGAUCGUGGUGUGUCAUUCACUUUUGGAGCUGAUGUGGUCACAAAAUUUCUCCACAAACAUGACAUGGACCUUAUUUGUCGAGCUCAUCAGGUGGUUGAGGAUGGAUAUGAGUUCUUUGCCAAGAGGCAGCUGGUAACACUGUUCUCUGCCCCAAACUAUUGCGGUGAGUUUGAUAAUGCCGGAGCCAUGAUGAGCGUAGAUGAGACCCUCAUGUGCUCAUUCCAGAUUCUGAAACCUGCAGACAAGAAGCUGUUCUAUGGCGGUGGAGGGGGCACGGCUUCUGGCCGUCCGGUCACUCCCCCGCGAAAAGCUAAGAAAUGACACCAGUAGUUUACUUUUCCCCUCAGCCCACCUGCCCUUUCUACCUCUCCUUUCUUUCACCAAACAGCCAGAAAACAAACCUAUACCCAGGGCUUUUAUUCCUUUUUUAUCUAUAAUUCGUAAAACAUUUAAUGUUCUCAAUUGUUCGAGCGAGUGCGUGUGCGGAGGUCUGUCUGUCAGUGAGCAUAAAAAAAAAAAUGUAUGCCUGUGUAUUUUGUGUGAGAGUACUGGAGAGGUCUACUCGACCCUCUCUUACCACUCUUUCCACGCAAAGGUUGAAACCACGUUGUCUGUCUGUAUGGUAACAUUUGACUGAAAAAAGCUACAUUUUGGGGACUGUGGGAGAUUGUUGACUUGAUAAAUUUAUCAACAAAAUCCUGCCAGCAUGUGGUGUGUGUGUGUGUGUGGGUGUGUGCGUGCGUACUUCUGGAGAGGGAAAGUAUCUUGUUUUCCCAGUCCUGUGUACUGUAAAAUCUCAGACAGACGUGUGUGUGUGUGUGUGUGUGCGCGGGCACGCAUGGUAUCCUUUAGUCCUGAUUUGCAGUUUCCUUGAACAGAUUGAGCACGCUGUUUCACACACACAUGCACAUGACUUCAGAUUAAUAUGAGCCAGAGCUGUAAAAACCCCUACAGUUUAGGUUUGUACAGAUUUGAUUACUUGAAAGAGAUUUUUUUUGUGACUUCGUUUUGUAGUCUUUCAUCAAGUUGACCAAUAAAGCGUGAAUCUGAGCUGC